AUGGCGGUGGAAUUGUCACAGGUUGCAGAGGAAGCAGAAAGGGAUCUACGCAUGACCAAAAGGGAGUUGCUGAGCCGCUUGUCCAGAAUCUAUGACCCAUUAGGAGUUGCGGGUCCUAUCACCAUUGUUGGUAGAAAGAUCUUCCAAGAUGCUUGCAAAGAAGGUAUAACUUGGGACAGUUUGGUCAGUGAAGAUCUGCAUGGUAGAUGGAAGACAUUUGAAAGGAAUUUGAAGCAAAGGUCAGAGAUAGAGUUCCCAAGAUGUGUUGCAUUGUCAGAGAAGCCAAAGGAGAUGUCAUUGCACACCUUCGCAGAUGCAAGUCAAACAGCCUACUGCGCGGCCGUGUAUUUGGUUGUGAUGUUGCCGCAAGGAAAGUUCAGUAACCUGCUGACUGCUAAAACCAGGCUGCCUCCAUUGAAGAAGGAAAUGACCAUUCCACGUUUGGAGUUGACAGCAGCAAGGAUUGCGGCAAGGUUGGCAGCGACAGUAAAACAAGCACUGGCAGGAUUUGAGUUAAAACGGGUCUGCAUGUUGUCGGAUAGUUGCACGGCUCUCCAUUGGCUGCAAAGACGAGGUCAGUAUCGCCAGUUUGUUGAACACAGAGUCAAGGAAAUCGAACAUCUGUCAAAUGGUGCAACAUGGCAGUAUUGUCCAACAAGCGAAAAUCCGGCGGAUCUUGGCACAAGGGGCAAAACACCGCUACAAUUACAAGGAAGUGACCUGUGGUGGCAGGGACCAUCGUGGCUGAUUUCUGAUCAGUGGCCAGAACAGCCCAUCUUGUCAAGGGAAAAGGAAAUCGAAGAUGAAGAAAUAAAUCCAGUGUUACAGAUGGCCACGACGAUAAAAGAAAGGGGACUUUCAAGUUUGAUAAGGUUGAAAGAUUAUAGCUCAAAGAGAAGAUUACUUGGUGUAACUGCGUGGAUUUUGCGUUUUAUGAAGAACUGCAGGGCAAGCAAGGGAGAUAGGCUCCAACUGAAAUACGUUACAACGGACGAAGUAAAGGAAGCGGAAGAAAGGUGGGUGAAAGUAGUAAAAUCCGAAAUUGAAGAGAGUGCAAAUUACAAGCAGUUGGUGCAACAGCUGCAGUUUUCUGGAUUGUCGUUUGAAGUACAGAAUCCAGCGUUGUUACCAAGAGGACACCAUUAUACCAAUUUGGUAGUGAAAGAAGCACACGAACUUGUACUUCACGGAUUGGUGAGUAUGACGUUAGCCGAGGUCAGACAAAGAUAUUGGAUUCCAAAGGGCAGGCAAGUAGUGAAGAAAGUGCUGAAAGAGUGCAAGCAAUGCGCAAAGAGAAGUUCCAAGCUGCUAAAGGGAACAGUCACAUCUCCGUUACCGGAACUUCGGGUUAAACCAGCACGUCCAUGUGAGGUAACUGGACGAGCUGUUCAUUUGGAGCUUAUAAAGGACAUGACAGCUACUGAGUUUAGGGUGGUUCUGCAAAGAUUUGUUAGUCGCAGAGGAGCACCUAGCACAGUCAUUAGCGACAAUACAAAGACGUUUAAAAGCACGGGAAAACAGUUGAAGAAGAUAUGCGACAACGAAAAUUGGCAAGAAUAUUUAACGACGAAGAGAAUAGACUGGAUAUUCAACGUUUCCAAGGCACCGUGGCAAGGAGGAUUCUUCGAAAGACUGGUCGAAAUCUCGAAAUCGACCUUGUACAAAGUCUUGGGACGUUCGAAGCUGAGUUUCAGAGAGGUUGAGAAAAUGCUCAUACAGGUAGAAGGCUUGAUGAACAACCGACCGCUGACCUACCAGACGGAUGAGCUUGAAAGUGAACCUCUGACGCCUAAUCGCACGAUUUUCGGAUAUGCUUUGCCAACCAUCGCCAACGAUGCAAACGAUGCCAAUGAAGAAAUGAGUGACGAUGAGGAGUCUUCUGCAAGGGUAAAUAAGCGUCUUAAGUACGUGUCGACAAUAAAGGCUCAUUUGUGGAAGAGAUGGACUCGCGAGUACUUACAGGGACUGAAAGAGUACCAAAGACAAGCUGACCGAAAAUCGAGAGUGCCGGAAAUCGGAGAAAUCGUGCUUAUCGUUGACAGCACCAUCCAGAGAAGACAUUGGCGAAUGGCGAAGAUAGUCGAUCAUAUAAAGAGCAGAGAUCGAAUGAUAAGAGCUGUUAAACUGCACGUUUUGAGCCAAGGAAAGCGUGAUAGAAUUGGAAAGACCAUUGCAAGGUAUUGCGUCGUUAGAAAUAAAAGCACCGGCUGCUGA